GCGCUGCCGAGCCUGACAAAAUACAAUUUGAACGGAACGUAUGCAGCUAAAAAUCCACCGCCAUGGCACCAUAAACGGGUGGAAAGAAGACACGGUUGCAUGCUCGGUAGGUGACCCGAGUCGGGCAACUUUUCCCUGAAACACAGACGGCUGUGUUGGACGCCGGAGUAGCUACAAUGAGCUCAGAGCACCAGAGCGACAGCGAGGACGCCGACGAGUCGCAGGACAGGCCCAACAACAGCGGCGGCGACAAAGAGGAGGACCCCGACAUCGACGACUCGGACGUGGAAGAUGAAAUCGCUCCGAGGGUUUCUCCCUCUCCGCCGGGCAGCAGCGGGAUUAGGCCGGAGCGCAGAGCGAGGUCUCCGGCGUCGGAGGAGCGAGAGCCCCGCUGCGAACCGCCCGCCGCGCCACCGCCGGGCUCCAGCGGCGAGGGCUCCAGCGCGGUCACCCGCAGGGGGAAUACCCUGUUCUCCUGGCUGCAGAGCAGGACUAUAAGGCGAGGGGUGUUUGUGGACCCAGCCAGGGAAAACUUCAGGACAAUGACCAGCUUGUACUGCUCAAUGAAUCCGGCGGCGGAGUCUGUCAACCUGAGCACCCAGACACACGGAGCGGUGUUCAACCUGGAGUACUCUCCGGAUGGGUCUGUGCUGACGGUGGCCUGCGAGCAGACUGAAGUCCUGCUGUUUGAUCCCAUCUCGUCCACACACAUUAAAACCCUGACGGAGGCCCACGAGGACUGCGUCAACAACAUAAGGUUUUUGGACAAUCGUUUGUUUGCCACCUGCUCUGACGACACCACCAUUGCAUUAUGGGAUCUCCGUAAGCUCAACUCCAAGGUUUGCUCGCUGCACGGCCACGCCAGCUGGGUGAAGAACAUCGAGUACGACACCAACACUCGUCUCCUCGUCACGUCCGGCUUCGACGGCAACGUCAUCACGUGGGACACCAACAGGUUUACAGAAGACGGCUGCCCGCACAAAAAGUUCUUCCACACCCGUUACCUGAUGAGGAUGCGUCUGACGCCCGACUGUUCCAAGAUGCUCAUCUCCACUUCCUCGGGGUACCUGCUCAUCCUCCACGACCUGGACCUCACCCAGUCCCUGGAGGUGGGCAGCUACCGCAUGCUGCGAGCGCGACGGACGCCCCUCAGCUCAGAUGGAGGCACGUCUGCGUCCAGGUCAGCUGGAACUCCUCGCCACGGAAAUGACUCCAGCAAGAUCCACCCUCCUCGAGAAGGUCUUUCUCCCAGAAACAGCCUGGAGGUCUUGACUCCAGAGAUCCCGGGAGAGAGAGACCGAGGGAACUGCAUCACCUCCCUGCAGCUGCAUCCGAAGGGCUGGGCCACGCUCAUCCGCUGCUCCAGCAACAUGGACGACCAGGAGUGGACGUGUGUGUACGAGUUCCAGGACGGAGCGCCCACCCGGCCGCUGGUGUCCCCCCGCUGCUCCCUCCGCCUCACUCACUACAUCGAGGAGGCCAACGUUGGCAGGGGCUACAUCAAGGAGUUGUGCUUCAGCCCGGACGGACGGCUCAUCUGCUCCCCGUACGGCUACGGCGUCCGCCUGCUGGCCUUCGACGAGAACUGCGGCGAGCUGGUCGACUGCAUGCCCGUCCAGACCAGCUGCCUCAGGGAGAUCCGCUCCAUCUACUCGCACAGCGACGUGGUGCUCACCACCAAGUUCUCCCCGACGCACUGCCAGCUGGCCUCGGGCUGCCUCAGUGGACGCGUCGCGCUUUACCAGCCCAAGUUUUAGCCACCGGUGCUGUCGAGAGGAACAACGCGCUGCAGACCUGGGUAAAGAAGUGCUCAUCAGGGCUCCUGCAGAAACGUCCCAGAAUACUGUUUUCUAUGAUUAUAAACUCCAAGUAUCUAAUAUAUGCAGAAAUCUGCUGCACAGAGACUAUAUCGAACUAGUAAUAUGGCCUUCCUGCUAUCCUCUGUUAUAAAUGACAUCAAAACCAUCAAUCAAUCUGCAUCUUUAGAAAUCCUGAUAAACAUUUCCUAGCAUUUGUUUUAAAGUGGACCAGCUGGAUGGGAUUUACUGCAUGCAGAUAGUUCAAAUAUUCUGACAUGUGGUAUAACUCUGGACCCUCUGCCAGACAAUCUGUUGUGGAAACCUCCACCCAUCUGGUACCCAAAGAAAGACACAGACAUAUAUAUUUGAAGCACUUUCUAAACCCAGGUCUGCAGCUGUGACGGGAUGGAGCGGUCAGCCGACGCCUGAAAGGACUCUCCUCCG